AUGUCCAACCUUGGCACAGUAUUUUUGGGAGAUAAUCGCAGACGCGUGUUUUCUUCAACUGCUUCAAAUUCAACUGGAACACCGCCCUCUUCUCCACCACCAACAUCCAUGUCCAGCUCGUUCAAUCCAGCAUCAAUUGUUACACCUGCGUUGUCAUCCCCAAAACCACCGACGCCGGCUAUCGACCCGGCUCUAUCGCUUGAGUUAAGACUACGCUGGUUGGAGGCCAUUCUGGUGGGGGUUAAGCAGCAAGAUACUCGAAAAGGCAAGGAAAGGGAGGGGCUUGGUCGAGGAGAGACGCUUUUACGCGCUGCGGAGAACUUACAGAAGCGGCUGAACACUAUCGUUACUGCAAAUGACGGACUAAAGCGAUUCAUGGAACACUAUGACCAGCAUGCACAUCUUCUGACUCCUUCAUUUGCACACUCUGAGGAUCAACCAACAUAUGAGAAUAUGACAUCCGCCGAACUGGAGGCUUUCCUGGUGGAGAUGGAGCCAGACAUACGCGCCGCCGACCGUGAUAUGCAGGAAAUUGAGGAAUUGGAGAAGAAGGGGGUCACUGGGGCGGGUAAACUGGCAGAAUACGAACACCUCCGACCACGGCUCGACGCGCUCCUUAGUGCACACGAAGAAGAUGUUGAGCGAGCCACCGCUUUGGAAAAACGAGUGGCUAAACUGAUGGAGGAUCACGCUACCCAGGUUGAUGCACUCUCAGAACUAUUUGUUGUGUGGGACGACACUUUGGUUGAGGCUGAAGACAAGAUUCUUGCAUUUGAACGCGACCGACAGGAUCGUCGACGAUUGGGGCUUACUUAG